AUGGAAGUAGAGUCUUGUAUUCCUCCAGGGUUUAGAUUUCAUCCAACUGAAGAAGAACUUGUUGGUUACUACCUUACAAGGAAGGUUACUUCACAACAUAUUGAUAUAGGGAUCAUUUCUGAAGUUGAUCUUUAUGGAAUUGAACCAUGGGAUAUUCAAGAUAGAUGCAAGCAUGGUUAUGAAGAUCAAAGUGAGUGGUACUUCUUUAGUUACAAGGAUAGGAAGUAUCCGAGCGGAACAAGGACUAAUCGAGCCACUGCCGCUGGCUUUUGGAAGGCGACAGGGCGAGACAAAGCCGUGUUUUCUAGGAACAAAGUUAUAGGGCUGAGGAAGACACUUGUGUUUUAUAAAGGUCGUGCACCGAAUGGAAUGAAGACUAAUUGGAUAAUGCAUGAGUAUCGUCUUCAAACGGGCGAAAACCUGCCUUUUCAGAUGGAAGGAUGGGUUGUAUGCAGGGCUUUUAAGAAACAAAUUGCUAAUCAAAUGCCAUGUUUCGAUUACAGUCAUGACUAUAAUUCAAGAGAUCAUUCAAUUGCUUUUCAUGAACACAAGCAAACUGAUCUUAUUCAUAAUCUUGAACUUCCACAACUUGAUAGUUUUGAAGCUAAUGUAGCGAUCCGGAAUGAAGAACAACUUGUAGACUGGAAGGACUUGGACAAACUGUUAGCAUCUCAAUUCAGUGAAUCAGCUACUUGUUCCAAUUCCAAUCUGCCGAUGUUUCCAAUGGACUUCAAUGUUGAUGAUCUAGACAAUUAA